AAGCCCACAGCCCAACACAAUCAUCCAUUUUGUUUCUCCUCAUCUUUCCUCCUCUUCCAUCCUCUUCCCUCCAAACUUCAUACUACUUUUUCUACUAACCAGAAACAACCCUUGGAGAGAGAAAACUCGACGAACAACAAAAAUGGCGGCAGCAGAUGUUGAAGCAGUAGACUUCGAACCUGAAGAAGAUGAUCUCAUGGACGAAGAUGGCGGUGCGGCUGAAGCUGACGGCUCUCCUCGAGCUCCUCACCCUAAGAUUAAAUCAGCCAUUACUGGCGCCGGAGCUCCAUCUUCUGGCGGCUUCGGAGCUAAGAAAACUAAAGGUCGCGGCUUCCGUGAAGACGCCGAUGCUGAGCGUAACAGCCGUAUGACUGCUCGUGAAUUUGAUUCUCUUGACUCCGAUGGUGGACCUGGUCCUGCUCGAUCAAUUGAGGGCUGGAUUAUACUUGUCACGGGAGUGCAUGAAGAGGCUCAAGAAGAGGAUCUCCUUAAUGUCUUUGGAGAGUUUGGCCAGCUUAAGAAUUUGCAUUUGAAUCUGGAUCGUCGUACUGGGUUUGUCAAGGGUUAUGCAUUGAUCGAGUAUGAGAAGUUUGAAGAAGCACAAGCUGCAAUAAAGGAGAUGAAUGGUGCCAAAAUGCUUGAGCAGCCGAUAAAUGUUGAUUGGGCAUUCUGCAAUGGUCCUUACAGGAGGAGGGGCAACCGAAGAAGAUCCCCACGUGGUCACCGAUCAAGGAGUCCUAGAAGAAGAUAUUAAAUCUGUUUGCUGCAUGUGGAAGUUGUGGAUACCUUCUCCUGAAUUCGAAGUGUGGUGGAGCUGCUACUUGUCUUUCCAAAAUAGUGAGGGGAUUGAGCUGAUCUUUGGGUAGUCUAUAUCUGUUUGCUGAAUGAUACAUCCUUAUACAACCUUCUAUUUGUUCCUUCUCUAAAAUCCUCACUUCAUAUAGAAGAGUGGCGUUUCGAUUUCGCUUUCUUCUCGUUGAGUGUACACUAUUUCUAUUGUAUUGAUUUAGGUUUUAGCCGUAUGACUAUCGUUUUCAAACUUGUGGAUUGUGUACGGUUUUCUGCCCCCUUAAUUUUGUAUUCCACCCUCUUUAUGGCUUGA